AUGGAAGCUACACUCAUACCUAAUCCUAAGGAUAAUAAUGCCACAAUCCUAUUAAUGGGUUUGCGUAGAAGUGGAAAGUCAUCUAUUUGUAAAGUUGUUUUUCACAACAUGCAACCUUAUGAUACAUUAUAUCUUGAAAGUACAUCAAAACCCACCACUGAACAGUUUUCUUCUUUAAUCGAUUUAUCGGUGAUGGAAUUGCCUGGACAGUUGAAUUAUUUUGAACCGAACUAUGAUUCGGAAAGAUUGUUUUCGUCAGUAGGGGCAUUGGUAUACGUUAUUGACUCACAAGAUGAGUAUUUGAAUGCAAUUACCAAUUUGCUGAUGAUUAUUGAUUAUGCGUAUAAAGUUAAUCCCAAAAUCAAUAUAGAGGUUUUAAUUCACAAGAUUGAUGGAUUAAGUGAAGAUUAUAGAAUAGAUGCACAAAGAGACAUUAUGCAAAGAACUGGAGAUGAGCUAUUGGACUUGGGAGUGGAAGGAGUAGAGUUGAGUUUUUAUUUGACAUCUAUUUUCAAUCAUUCAAUCUAUGAGGCUUUCUCUAGAAUCGUACAAAAACUUAUCCCAGAAGUAUCCUCAUUGGAAAACAUGCUCGAUAAUUUGGUGGAGCAUUCGUCUAUUGAUAAAGUGUUUUUAUUUGAUGUUAAUUCUAAAAUCUAUGUGGCUACAGAUUCAUCACCAGUUGACAUUCAGACAUAUGAGGUUUGUGCAGAGUUUAUUGAUAUCACCAUAGACUUGGAUGAUUUGUAUGUUGAAAAUGACAAGAAUAAGAAUGGAAACGGUGGUAUCGGUGGUAAGCAAAAGGAGGUUAAGUCCAUCAGUCAUUUGUCCAAUGGUUCUGUGCUAUAUUUGAAACAAAUGAUUCGAGGUUUGGCGUUGGUUGCAUUAAUAAGAAAUGACGACACCAAGGAAAUACAACAAGAUGAUGACAAUACCAUUGGAAUUACCGCAGAAAACAUACAAUCUGCAGACGGAUCUGUCUUUGACUCAAACCAAGAGAAAUCCUUAACUGUGAUUGAUCACAACGUCAAUUUAUUUAAAAAAUCAUUAAUGAAGAUUUGGAAGAAUUCAAAAUUGACCAAUGUCAAUUCAAAUGUAUCACAACCUCAGUCUAUAAAAUAA